UUUUCAAGUACUAACAUGGCGGAUGUCGUCUACAGCGAUAACAUUAAUGAAAAUAAGCACUGAAUAUAAUAUUGUCAAUUAAUUUUCCAAAAGGAAUCGUUGUAUUUUUAGCUAUUUUGAAAAACAUGUGUCCCAGAGAAACGUUGUUUGUUUACACCGGUUUCAAAUAAAUAUCAAAUAAAAAUACCUUUGGUGUUAAUCACAUACGGAUUGAAGUUAAUCCUUGAUUGUGAACAAAAAAAAAGUUUGUUAUUCGUCGUUAAUUAUUUUUCGAUUAAGUUACAGAGAAUAAAGUAAAUUAAUGGAAUAGAAAUAUUUCUUUCCAAAAUUCAAUCUAAAACAACUCCAAUAAUAUGUUGUGAUGUUAGGUAUACCAAAUAAGAUAUUUUGUACUCUAAAAAAAUGUUCAAUUGCGAAACGUAAUUUUUGCGUGUGGUCUAAAAAUUCCAAGUGAAUAGUAAAAGCAAGUAAUAAUAUUAAAUGCGUUAGUAAAGGUCUCAUAACAACAAUAAUAAUAAUAAUUACACCAGGAUGUAUAGUAUGUUAAUAAUAUUUAUGCAGCUGUGUAUUAUGUACUCUAUGUAAGAAUGUUAGUUUUUUUUAAUGAUAAGCAAUGAUAUGGUUUCAAUAAGUACAAUUGCAUAGUGAUGAUUCAUAAUUACUUAAGUAGCACUUGAAAUAUUUUAUAUUAAUAUAUUUUACCUUCCCUAAUUUUCAUUUUGAAUUGAAUUAUUUUUCUAAAUACAAUAUUCAAAGUGAAAGAAACAUUUCUCUGCUUUUCUGUGAAAAUAAACGUGAUAUUAUGAGUAUAAGUUAAAAUAAACAAUUGCCAGUUAACAGUUAUGGAAAUGGAAAAGUCUGUGAUAGAAGGAUAUUUGCUUUGUCCUCCUCAAGGCAUACUUGGUCAUCUUAAGAGAACAUGGCAAAAGAAAUACUGCCAAUUGUUUAAAUCAAGCAAAUAUGGUGUAAAAAGAUUAGAAAUUUGGGAUAAUAAGGAUGAUAUUAUUAGCCAACAAACUUCACCAAAAAUUAUCACAUUAGAAGAGUGUAUUAAAAUAAGUCCAUAUAAUCAACCUAAAGUAUUUACAAUUUUUACAAAAGCAAACACCUGUUAUUUUGGCUGUCUUACUGAAGCUGAAACUCAUGAAUGGAUAAGUAUUCUUCAGCAAGUUGCUUUUAAUGAUGAUUCUUCGAAUCAAAUAAUUGAAGAAGAAAAUGAAUUAUACUGUACUACUGGUGAUGAUAUUUUUUCUGUUCAACUUGUUGAAACUGCCGCAUCGAAACGAUGCCGAUUACAUGCAAAAAAUUAUAUUUUGAUUAUUUCUGACAUUCAUAUGAAACUCAUGGAUGGUGAUACAGUUUUGUUUACUUGGCCAUUUAGAUAUAUUAGAAAAUAUGGAUACAGAGAUGGAACGUUUACAUUUGAAGCAGGCCGUAAUUGUGAAUCUGGUGAAGGAUUAUUUAAACUAGAGCACAACAAUCAACAAGAAAUAUUUAAAUGUAUCUCAUCCAAAAUGAAAUCAAUGAAAAAACUCUUAAAAAAGCAUGAAGACUGUGGACAAAGAUCUGUUACAGGUGGGCUAGAACUUAGUACUAUGCAAUACCAUGAUGUUUUAUCAAUGGAAGCUGGCUCAAGAUCACCACUUUCAGUUACUCAAAAUUUACAUUUACCAAAUUUUAUCGAUGAUUUGACCAAUUCAAUACCAAAUUCCUCAAAACCUUCUAUUUUAUCUACAAAUUCAUCAGCAUUCAGUAUGGAAUCUGUAUCACUUAUUCACCCUCCACCACCAAUAAUUAAACCAAGACCAGUUAAACCACCAAGAAAACACUUUUUAAAUGAGACAAGCAGAAAAAUGUUUGAUUUAGAACAAUCAGAAGCUAUGAGUGAUGAGAAAAGAUAUGAAAUAGUUAAUUAUGGUUCAUCUCCAGAAUUGAGUUAUAAAAAUAAUAUAAGUGACAGUGAAAAACAUCCUUAUGAUUUGAUAGAAAUACGUAGUGAUGCAUGGAAAACUUAUGGAAUUGAUACAGUACAUGAUGAUGAGAACUAUAGGAUAGAUGGUAGUAAUAGUAAUUCAAAAAAAUAUAGGGAAAAAAAUAAAAUUGAAAACAGUGCUAAUGGUUAUUUUGAAAGUACUGUUGAUGAGAUUAUUCAUAGUUACAGUGAUAGUGAUACAAAUGAUGAUGUUAAUGAUAGCAAUCAUCAUCUCCUUAAAGGAAAUCAAGAUAAAAUUCAUACUAAUCACAUCGAUAAUGACAAAGAUGAUCAAAAUAACAAUAAAAACGAAGAUGAUGAAGAACGAAAUAAUGGAAACAUUUGUGGAAAUUUUAAAUCAUUUUGUCAUAUUGAAAGUACAUCUCCUACAUCAAUUGUUUAUAAUAAUUUGUUUACAUCAAAUGAAUCUACUACUAAUUAUGACCAGCUUGAACAUAUUGGGCCGUCACAUAAAGUUAGUAUUUGUAAUAAUCCUGGAUAUAAAGUACCAAAUGUAAUUCCCAGUAGUGGCGCCGAAAGUAUUUCUUCAACGAGCAAUCCAGCAAUGACUCUCGCAAAAGAAUCUUAUACUGCUUGGAAUGAUUAUGAUUUUGUAGAAAAUGGUCUUGCUACUGAAGUCAAUGAUGCUCCAAUUUAUGGAGUUAUUAGGAAGAAAAAUACUACCUCAGAACCAAAAUACGAAGUGUUUAAUAAUACUGAAUACGCAAUUGUAUCAAAACCGAAACGAGUAUAAAGAAGAAUAUUUUUAUUAUUGACGAUACUAUUAUAGUAUGUUGCAGUUAUUAAAUUUAUAGUAUCAAUAAUAUAUAUAUGUAUAUGUAUAUAUAUAUAUUAACCCAAAUAGUAGAUCAUGAAUCAAGAGUGAAUAUUUUAAAAUACUUAUCGUUUUACAGAUAUGAUAAUAAAGAAAUAAAGUACUAAUUUAAUUGACAAUACCGGUGAUCAAAGAAACCAAUGUGCCACAAAAAGUUCAUCAACUUUAAAAAUAUAUUUUUGCUCAAAGUGCCUUAAUUUCAUUUUGUAUAUUAUCUAUAGACUAGAUGUGUAAAAGAUUAAAUUUAUAUUUGUACACCAGUUGAAUUGUGAAGAGUAUUAUGCGAAAAAAUUGUCAUAUUUUUUAAAAUUAUUUAUUUUUAUAGGAAUU